AUGGGUUUGAGUCAUGUAUUUAUUUUACUUUUGGUUGUUGCCACAUUUGGACCGAUGAUCACUUCUGCAAAGGACUUCAUCGUUGGAGAUCAAUCCGGGUGGACAGUCGGGUUUGAUUACCAAGCUUGGGCUAAUGGCAAGGAGUUUCAUGUAGGAGACAGACUUGUUUUCAAGUAUCCAGCAGGAGCACACAAUGUGUACAAAGUGAACGGAACUGAUUUCCAAAGCUGCAGUGCGCCGCUGGAAGGGACGCCAUUAACCAGUGGAGAUGAUACCAUUGUUUUAGCAACUUCAGGGAAAAAAUG